GAACCCAAAAAACAAAACAAAAAAAACAACAGAAAACAAAAACCCAGAGACGGAGCCAGGACUCUCAGGACAGCGAGGCUCGACAGCGAAUCCAGAGCACCGAGAUUUUAAGUCCAAGAACCCAGUCCUAGGACACCUCUGCCUGCCUACCAUCGAAGGUAUAUAGAACUGUGGUCCGGAGCUCUCUGUCACUGGCGGCGUCAAGCUAGGUGAGCGCCCGGCUUUCCCAUUGGUAUGCAGCGACCAUUUCCCUUCAAGUCUCAAAGGUGGAAACACUUAAAAGGAUUACAAGCGUGAUUUGGUGGCCUUACUGAAAGUUGGUGGCAUGAAGAAGAGAAACUGCAAGGCUACGGCAUGUUGGAUACAAUUCAGCCUCCCAGAGAGUUUGCACCUCCCGCUGGGCAGCCCCUCGGAGCAGAUCUCGGAGAUCUAGAGCGCUCUGCGCCGAUAGUUUUGUAAGCAACUACGAAUGAUGAAACCUUCCAUAGCUGAGAUGCUUCACAGAGGGAGGAUGUUGUGGAUAAUUCUUCUAAGCACAAUUGCUCUAGGAUGGACUACCCCGAUUCCCCUGAUAGAGGACUCAGAGGAAAUAGAUGAGCCCUGUUUUGAUCCAUGCUACUGUGAAGUUAAAGAAAGCCUCUUUCAUAUACAUUGUGACAGUAAAGGAUUUACAAAUAUUAGUCAGAUUACUGAGUUCUGGUCAAGACCUUUUAAACUGUAUCUGCAAAGGAAUUCAAUGAGGAAAUUGUACACCAACAGUUUUCUUCAUUUGAACAACGCUGUGUCCAUUAACCUUGGGAACAAUGCAUUGCAGGACAUUCAAUCAGGAGCUUUCAAUGGUCUUAAGAUUUUAAAGAGGUUAUAUCUACAUGAAAACAAACUAGACAUCUUCAGAAAUGACACCUUCCUUGGCUUGGAAAGUCUGGAAUAUCUGCAGGCAGAUUACAAUGUCAUUAAACGUAUUGAGAGUGGGGCAUUUCGGAACCUAAGUAAAUUGAGGGUUCUGAUUUUAAAUGAUAAUCUCAUUCCCAUGCUUCCAACCAAUUUAUUUAAGGCUGUCUCCUUAACCCAUUUGGACCUACGUGGAAACAGGUUAAAGGUUCUUUUUUACCGAGGAAUGUUAGACCACAUUGGCAGAAGCCUGAUGGAGCUCCAGCUGGAAGAAAAUCCCUGGAACUGUACAUGUGAGAUAGUGCAAUUGAAGAGUUGGCUGGAACGCAUUCCUUACACCGCCCUGGUGGGAGACAUCACCUGUGAGACCCCUUUCCACUUCCAUGGAAAGGACCUGCGAGAAAUCAGGAAGACGGAACUCUGUCCCUUGUUGUCCGACUCUGAGGUGGAGGCUAGUUUGGGGAUUCCCCACUUGUCAUCAAGCAAGGAGAACGCAUGGCCAACUAAGCCUUCCUCAAUGUUGUCUUCUGUCCAUUUUACUGCUUCUUCUGUUGAAUAUAAGUCCUCAAAUAAACAGCCGAAGCCCACAAAACAGCCCCGAACACCAAGGCCACCUUCCACAUCCCAAGCUUUGUACCCCGGUCCAAAUCAACCUCCUAUUGCUCCUUACCAGACCAGACCACCCAUUCCCAUUAUAUGUCCUACUGGGUGUACAUGUAAUUUACACAUCAACGACCUUGGCUUGACUGUCAACUGCAAAGAGCGAGGAUUUAAUAACAUUUCUGAACUUCUUCCGAGGCCACUGAAUGCCAAGAAACUUUACCUGAGUAGCAAUCUGAUUCAGAAAAUAUACCGUUCUGAUUUUUGGAAUUUCUCCUCCCUGGAUCUCUUGCAUCUGGGGAACAAUCGUAUUUCUUAUGUCCAGGAUGGAGCCUUCAUCAACCUGCCCAACCUAAAGAGCCUCUUUCUCAAUGGCAACGAUAUCGAGAAGCUGACACCAGGCAUGUUCCGAGGCCUACAGAGUUUGCAUUACUUGUACUUUGAGUUCAAUGUCAUCCGAGAAAUUCAGCCUGCAGCCUUCAGCCUCAUGCCCAACUUGAAGCUGCUAUUCCUCAACAAUAACUUGCUGAGGACCCUGCCAACAGAUGCGUUUGCAGGCACAUCCCUGGCCCGGCUUAACCUGAGGAAGAACUACUUCCUCUACCUUCCUGUGGCUGGUGUCCUAGAACACUUGAAUGCCAUUGUCCAGAUAGACCUCAAUGAGAAUCCUUGGGACUGUACCUGUGAUCUGGUCCCCUUCAAACAGUGGAUUGAAACCAUCAGUUCAGUCAGUGUAGUGGGUGAUGUGCUUUGCAGGAGCCCUGAGAACCUCACCCAUCGUGAUGUACGCACGAUUGAGCUGGAAGUUCUCUGCCCAGAGAUGCUGCACAUCCCACCAGCUGGAGCAUCCCCAGCCCAGUCUGGAGAUUCUCACCUUGCUGGGGGGCCAACGAGUGCAUCACCUUAUGAGUUCUCGCCCCCUGGGGGCCCUGUGCCACUUUCUGUGUUGAUUCUCAGCCUGCUGGUUCUUUUUUUUUCUGCAGUCUUUGUUGCUGCAGGCCUCUUUGCCUAUGUGCUUCGACGGCGCCGGAAGAAGCUGCCCUUUAGAAGCAAGAGGCAAGAAGGUGUGGACCUUACUGGCAUCCAGAUGCAAUGCCACCGGCUUUUUGAGGACGGUGGAGGUGGUGGAGGUGGAAGUGGAGGUGGUGGCAGACCCACUCUUUCCUCCCCAGAGAAGGCUCCUCCUGUGGGCCACGUUUAUGAGUACAUCCCCCACCCAGUUACCCAGAUGUGCAACAACCCCAUCUAUAAGCCUCGAGAGGAGGAGGAGGCGGCUGUUUCAUCAGUCCAGGAGGCAGGGAAUGCAGAACGAGGGGGUUCUGGGACACAACCACCAGGAAUAGGUGAGGUUCUCCUAGGAAGUGAGCAGUUUGCUGAGACACCCAAGGAGAACCACAGCAACUACCGGACCUUGCUGGAAAAAGAAAAGGAAUGGGCCCUGGCAGUGUCCAGCUCCCAGCUCAACACCAUAGUGACGGUGAAUCACCAUCACCCUCACCAUCCAGCAGUUGGUGGAGUUUCAGGGGUAGUUGCAGGAACCGGGGGAGACUUGGCUGGGUUCCGCCACCAUGAGAAGAAUGGCGGGGUGGUGCUGUUUCCUCCUGGGGGAGGCUGUGGUGGUGGCAGUAUGCUACUAGACCGAGAGAGGCCACAACCAGCCCCCUGCACAGUGGGAUUCGUGGAUUGUCUCUAUGGCACUGUGCCCAAAUUAAAGGAACUGCACGUCCACCCUCCUGGCAUGCAGUACCCAGACUUACAGCAGGACGCCAGGCUCAAAGAAACCCUUCUCUUCUCGGCUGGAAAGGGCUUCACAGACCACCAAACCCAAAAAAGUGAUUACCUCGAGUUAAGGGCCAAACUUCAAACCAAGCCGGAUUACCUCGAAGUCCUGGAGAAGACAACAUAUAGGUUCUAACAGUAAAAGAAAAAUAAAUUAGUGCUUUUUUUUUUUCCCAAAAGAAAAGGAAAAUAAAAGAAAUAUAUUCCUUGCUCCCUUUACACUUGUCCCAAUAACUCCAUUCUCACAAACUUCCCUGCCCUGAACAGCACUGAAACCGCAUGAUAACUAGAAAAUACAGAUGUAUGCUCUCCCCUCUCAGAUGUGAUUUGGAGGAAGGGCCAUACUCAGAUCAUUAAUCAAUGAAGUGCCUUCGCAGACUUUUGCCAGCAAAUGUUAUCAUUAUUUUUUUAUACUGAAACUUGAGACUUUGACUGUGCCAUGUAUAAGGUAUAUUGGGGAUCGUUGUAUUGAUCCUAAUUAAGUAAAACUCAAUGUGUCUUUUUAUUUUCAGUAUAUAUAUUUUUUAAUUUGUAGUUUUGUUUGACAGGGAGGGGGGAAAACAAAUUGAUAUUUGUGGCUUUCUUUCCUCUUCCCAUCAUGGCACAGAUUCUGUACAUGUAUUAACAAUGCAGUUUGCUGCAUGCCUGGAAACUGCAAGAUGGGGAGGGAGGGGGCGGGUCUUGCUCGAAUGUUCUCACCCACUCUUUUUUCUGUCACACACAUACCUACACGCUAAUCACAAAUCCCUGCACACAGUUAGGUCCCUAAACCUGCAGCCUUUUCCUUCUGGUGUAGGAACACGCACACACAAAUGUACACAUGUGCGCGUGCAUGCGCACACAAACACAGGUUCCCUAUUCCUUUUCAACCCAAUCUAAUUAUUUUGGGUUUGAUCCAUUCCUCUACUCUUCAUAGCUUCAUCUUCCCUUCACCCCUAGUGUACAGCUCUCUCCUACCACCGUGGGAAAAGUCAUAUUCUAGGUUGGAUCCUACCGAAGUGGAAGCCUGGUGGUUUAACAGCUGGAGGCACACCUAGGGAUGAGCAUCCUCUUUGUGACACUUCAUCCUGAUGCCAAGAUUUUUUGGAGAACAUCUGCACUUUCUUAUAUAUAUAUAUAUAUAAAAUAUUAAAAAAUAAAAAAGCAACUGGGUAUAUAUCACUAACAGCUUUGUAGGAAGCACUUUUAAUGUUUUCUCUCUCACACACAAAGAUUCAAAAGAAAUGUGCAUAUAUUUAUUCUGUAAUUUCAGUGAUUAUAAAUUGUAAAGGUAAUGUUUAAUCAUUGUAUAGUGAUUAUGCGUCUGGUAUAGCUUUCCUAAUAAAAAGUUUUUGAAAAACAUAAUACAUUAUAUAGAGGAUACCAAGCUUGAACCUUAAACUCCAGCUAUGCCAUGCCUUUCGUGCUCCCAUUUAAAAAAAAAAAAAAAUCUUUCUUUUACUUGUUAUACAGAGAGCUAGUUUAUUAACAAGUUUGAUGCACUGUGAUGUUGAUAAAUCUUAUAACCCACCACCCCAUCACAUACCAGGAUACAACUGGGACUUAAAAAAGAUCUGAUUUACGUAGUUGAGUUUUUUCUCUUGGAUUAUGACUUUCAAAUUCAAAAACCCAGCGAUGCACCAGUUUUCCUAGGCAGGUUGUGAUUGGGAGAAAAUAAAGAAGUAGGUUUCUAAGAAGUAGAAGAUUACAUAGAGGAGAUAAUAAAGGAAUCAAGGACCCAUGCACCUUAAGACAGUAAAUGACAUAAAGAAAAAGGAAAGUGAAAUUGCUAUUCUUUUUUAAAAACGUAGUAAAAUUACACACGCACACAC